CUCCUGUGUGCCACUGAGGCGGGGAUAAGCAGUGAUGAUGUAACAGGAAGCUACUACACCGAAUAUCUUCCAGCCUGACAGCCGUCGUCAUUCACACGCUGCGCGUCUCGCGCGCUCUUUCAUCUCGCUCUCUGAUAUUGUUACAUUGUUUCAUGCCAUCGUGACGUCGCGAAGCAAAGUAAUGACUGUUUGUGUUUUUAAAUUACAAGACUUGCGCAUUCGUUUUUAUCUGAACAUCUCCAGAACACCUUGGAUUUAAUCUGCAGAUCGAUAGUGGGUCAUUGGAAAUGCCAAAGAAGAUGAAAGCUAGCUGCUGGAUGAUCUGUCUGUUUCUGCUGGGAUCUGUCACCGAGUUCUUUGUUCUAGCCAGUCCUGAGGUAAACGAUAGCCAGCAACAACAUCCUCAAAAUGUGUACCAUGACAUCGGUGUUACCAGAAACAAGAUUGUGACGGCACAGUUCGAGUGCUAUCAGAAGAUUAUGAAGGACAACCGUCAAGACAAAAUAGCUGGCCCGGUGUGCAACAGGACCUGGGAUGGAUGGUUGUGUUGGGACGACACAGAGGCUGGUGUCACCUCUGAGCAGCACUGUCCUGACUAUUUCCAGGACUUUGACCCUACAGAAAUGGUCACCAAAAUAUGUACAGAAAGUGGGCAGUGGUUCUUGCAUCCUGAGAGUAACCGCACAUGGACAAAUUUCACCAGAUGUAAUUUGCUCACUACUGAAGGACGCAGGACCGCAAUGAAUUUGUUCUACUUGGCGCUAAUAGGUCAUGGGCUCUCUUUAACAUCCUUGUUCAUCUCGCUAGGCAUAUUCUUUCAUUUCAAGAGUUUGAGCUGCCAGAGAAUAACCCUGCACAAAAACCUUUUCUUGUCCUUUGUAUUAAACUCCAUCAUCACUAUCAUUUGGUUAACAGCAGUGGCAAACAACCAAGAGGUGGUUCAGGAAAACCCAAUCAGCUGCAAAGUAUCCCUGUUUAUCCAUCUGUACAUCUUUGGAUGCAACUACUUCUGGAUGCUUUGUGAAGGGAUUUACUUGCACACACUCAUUGUUGUGGCAGUUUUUGCUGAAAAACAGCACUUAAUGUGGUACUACCUUCUUGGAUGGGGUUUCCCACUUCUACCCGCUACAAUACAUGCAGUAGCCAGAAGUUAUUACUACAACGAUAAUUGUUGGAUCAGCUCAAGUACUUCUCUGCUAUAUAUUAUUCAUGGCCCUAUCUGUGCAGCACUGCUGGUGAACUUGUUCUUUCUGCUAAACAUCGUACGGGUUCUCAUCACCAAACUGAAAGUGACGCAUCAAGCAGAGUCUAGUCUGUAUAUGAAAGCUGUCCGCGCCACACUCAUUCUGGUUCCACUGCUGGGCAUCCAAUUCGUUCUCCUCCCAUACAAACCUGCGGGGCGCGUUUCUGCUGAAAUCUACGACUACGUCAUGCAUAUCCUAAUGCAUUAUCAGGGACUGUUGGUGGCCACAAUCUUCUGCUUUUUCAACGGAGAGGUCCAAGCGGUUUUGAGAAGGCACUGGAAUCAGUACCGCAUACAGUUUGGAAGCACCAUCAUACAGUCUGAUGCUCUGAGGUCUGCGUCGUACACGGCGUCCUCCAUUACAGAGGUCCAGGGCUGUUACAGCAUCGACGGCCAGACAGAACACUUGAAUGGCAAAAACUGCCACGACAUUGACAACAGCACCUUAAAACCAGAGAAUCCCUUUGCCUGAUGUCACUGAAUGUGGCAGUAUGCCGCUUUAAAAAAUAAAUAAAUAAACUGUUGGAUAUAGCGACUGUCACAUGGCUGACUUGGACCUUAUUACCCAUAAGUCACUGCUCUAUCUCUCUGAAGGGUAGAAAAAAAGGCAUCUCUCCUAGAAUUUACACUGAAAAACAUUUUGCUACCUUCAUUUAAUGUUAAGUGGACAAAUAUAAGCAUUACUGGCCGGGUCUUUGUACUUUACAGUAUUUUAGUUUGUGCAGUGGAAUUAAGUGUAAAUAUUCAGCUCUUUUCUCAGAUUUCAUGUGUAAUGCACUUCUUUGUCUUAUAUUUGUCCUGUGAUGAUAAAAAUGAAUUAUCAAUCUAAUCCAAAUGAUGACCGCACUAACAGGAAAUUUAUAUUUUUACUAAACAAAAAACAGUAUGUAUGUACACAGUGCCCAAAAGCCAGUGCCGCUUUUUCUUUUAUAAUAAUGACUUGAUGUAAAUCUGCUAUUUUCCUGUGCAGACAGUAUUAUAACCAAUUAUUUUUCAUCUGGUCAAUAACUAUAUUAAAAAAACUUUGAAGAUUUAGUAUUAUUAGUAUGCUUGAAUUUGGUCGUUAAUUUAUUUGAAGGAAUCAAAAUCACAGCACUUCACAUCCGUUAUUUGACACAAAUCACAGAUAGUGUGAGUAUUCUGUAUAAUAAUUCAUAAACACCUGUUUUAGGGACCCCUAAAAAUGACACUGGAGAUGGGACCAGACUUUAUGCAACAUUUAUAAGUUUAGUAAGAAUUUAGUGUGAAGCAUUACAGUACAAAAACAUGCUUACCACUUUAAGAUUAUUAUUUCUCAACUUGUAUGAUUAUUUUUUCAUAAUUAAAUUUAUACUACACAUGCCACAUUUUCAGUGUUUUUUGACUUCAUAUUUCUUAACAUGCUUGUAGUGCUCAGUCACGUAUGUUUCUUUUAAUAUGUUGCUUUUGUGAAAUAAGGUACAAUAAUCCACCACCUAGAGUGUUACUCAGCAACUUUUCCUAUAACAUGCUUGGAAUGUUUGAGAUCUCGCUCUCUUGUGUCAAAGGCAGGGAGUCCUUUCACCCACUCUACCUAAAUUCAAUUACAUUCCAUAUUAUUUGAAAAAUGUGCCCACUGUCCAUUUCCUUUGAUGUCACAGCGUUACCUAAACUCACUCCAUUUAAGACUUCUGACAAUCAACAAUCCAUCAGCCAGUUUUCAUAAUACGUAAAGGAAUAGUUCACCCAAAAAUGAAAAUCGCUGUUAUUUGCUUACCUUCAUGUCCUUCCAAAUCCAUAUGCGGACAAAAGGAGAAUUUCUGAUUAAUCUUACUUCCCUCUUUCCAAGGAUAGUUCGUAGUGGCCACAUCUGUCAAAAAAAAAAAAAAAAAAAAAGUAUUAUAAAUAUUACCUGCUUCUGACUUAUACACUAUAUUCUAAGCUUUAGAAGUCAUACAAUAUUUACAUUUUAAUCUGCUCAUUUUACAUGACAGACUGAAAGUCAUUAUUCACUGUGUGUUAAAUUAUUAUUUUCGCCAAUUUAGGUGUUUCGCAAAUUGAAAACUUGCAUAUUGUUUUUGGGUGAACUAAUUUAAUUCCUGCUUUUGUCCAUAUGCAUAUUUAAACUGUGUGAACAGAAUUGUUGACAAUGUUACAAAUGCGGGGAAUAUGCUUUUACUAAUUAUGUAAAUAUUAUAUUCUUAGCUGUGAUCACAUUUGAAUAUUUUAUGGGGGUGUGCAUAAUAUCGCUUUGUACUGCAGACAUGAUUUGUGUGCAUUUCUUCCACCCUACACAGGAACGUAACUCAUUCUGGGUUCAGAACAAAUCAGUAUUAACAUUGCAAAUCACAGCACUUCACAGCAUGCAAACAAAUGCCAAUCAAACAUCCACUGUAUGAUAUCAUCAGGUUUUCAUCAACAGACUCAACACAGUAUUCUUUACCUUGAAUGUCAUUUAUUUCUCAUGAAUGUGUGCCAAUUACUGUUGCUCAUAAUGCUUCUUCAUGGUUUUUGUUGUGUUGUUUGUGAUAAUUUGUGUUUCAGUGAAAACAAAACACUCACUGCAGGACAGUUUCAUAUGUUUCAUACACAUAUUAGUCGUUUUUUGACCUGGUAUUUAAGGUUGUAAUUUGUGUGAAAGUGAAUUUUGCAUUUCAAGUUGUUAUCAAAAUAGUUGUAUUGUGUAUAUGCUGCGCCUUAAUUCAACCACUUCAAAUGUUCUUUUCUGUAAUUUGUCUUUGUUCUUUUGAGGUGUAUUUGUGAAACAUUUAUUUCAUAAAAUGUGGGCAGUGUUGCAA